GGGAAGAAAUUUUGCUGCUACGAUUGCGCUCCAUGUCCAGAUGGGAUGUUCUCAAACGAGAAGGAUAUGGAUGCUUGUAUCAAAUGCCCCGAAGACCAGUAUCCCAGCAAGGACCACAGUCAAUGCAUUCCCAAAGUUCUAAGCUUCCUCUCUUACACAGAAAAUUUAGGGAUUAUCCUGGUUACUUUGGCCAUUUCUUUCUCUUUCAUCACGAUUCUAGUGCUGGGAAGUUUUAUGAAACACAGGGACACACCCAUAGUCAAGGCCAAUAACCGGUCCCUGACUUACAUCCUCCUCGUUUCCCUUCUUCUUUGCUUCCUCUCCACUUUGCUCUUCAUUGGACAGCCAGGAGAAGGGAUCUGCUUUCUACGCCAAAUGGUCUUUGGCAUUGUCUUCUCUGUGGCUCUUUCUUGUGUCUUGGCAAAGACUGUAACGGUGGUUCUGGCAUUCAUGGCAACCAAACCAGGAUCUGGGAUGAGGAAAUGGGUGGGGAAAAGACUGGCAAAUUCAAUUGUCCUCGUCUGCACCUUCAUUCAAGCUGGCAUUUGUAUCCUGUGGUUAAGUACUUCCCCUCCAUUCCCAGAUUCGGACAUGCACUCAUUGAAUGGGAAAAUAAUCUUGGAAUGUAAUGAGGGUUCAGCAACCAUGUUUUAUUGUGUCUUGGGCUAUAUGGGCUCCCUAGCCGUAAUCAGUUUCGUUGUGGCUUUUCCGGCCAGGAAAUUACCUGACAGUUUCAAUGAGGCCAAAUUUAUCACUUUCAGCAUGUUGGUGUUUUGCAGUGUUUGGUUGUCCUUUGUUCCAACCUACCUGAGCACCAAAGGAAAAUACAUGGUGGCUGUGGAGAUCUUCUCCAUCUUGGCCUCCAGUGCUGGAUUACUGGGUUGCAUCUUUUCUCCUAAAUGCUACAUAAUUUUAUUCAGGCCUGAUCUGAACAGUAGAGAGCAAAUAAUGGCCAGAAAAAGUGAGAGAAUGUAA